UCAGACGACAAACGGCGGCGCAACACCGCCGCGAGCGCCCGGUUCCGGAUUAAGAAGAAGCAGCGGAUGCUAAACCUUGAGCGGAGUGUGCAGGAUUUGCAGGGUCGAGCGGAGGAGUUGGAGAAGGAGACGGGGGAGUUGAGGAGGGAGAAUGGGUGGUUGAGGGAGAUGGUACUG